AUGACGAACCCGAACGCAGAGUCAGAUAUUGAAAUUGUGUCCAACCUGAAUUCAGAUUCAGGCAGGGAAACCAAAACUGAGUUAGAUGUUGAGACCAAGGCAGAAGUUGAAACCAAUACACAUCUUGAUGUGGGUGAUCAAUCGUUUUUCCAGUCUCUUGUGAGAACGGCUCGUGAGAUUUCUCGAAAAAUAGAUGCCUUGGGUGUUGAAACGAGAGGUAUCCAACGUAUCGAACCGUACGAACGAGAACAUCAAUCAUCGGGACAGUUAUUGCACAUUAUUGGUUUGUGGUUAAGUGCGUCUGGUGGGCUAUCAUCGAUGUCAUCGUAUUUUCUUGGACCUAUUAUUUAUGAACUUGAAUUCAGGCAGGCAUUAACAUGUGGUUUGAUAUCAAUGUGGAUUGGAUGUUUUUUCGCUGCAUAUUUGGCUACCAUGGGUCCACAGUCUGGUUGUAGACAAUUAGUUACAGCACGUUACCUAUUUGGAUGGUGGUUAGUGAAAUUUGUUGGGCUAAUAGCUAUUAUUGGAGGUAUGGGUUGGUCUGUUGUGAAUUGCGUUGUUGGCGGAGAGAUGCUUGCAGCCAUUAGUGAUGGUAAGAUUCCAAUAUGGAUUGGUAUCAUCAUUGUAACUCUGGUUUCAUUUUUUGUUGCUAUAUUUGGUAUCAAACACGUUUUAAAAGCAGAGACGCUUUUCUCAAUACCUGUUCUAACAAGUUUCCUUUUAUUAUACAUUUCUGCUAGUGAUAAAUUCAAAUAUGCGAACGAUUACAAGAAUGAUUUCCUUGAUUCUCGUACUUACACAGGGAAUUAUCUUUCAUUCUUUUCCUUAUGCUAUAGUAUCACGUCAACAUGGGGCUCUGUAACUGCAGACUAUUACAUUUUGUUCCCAGAAGACACACCAAAGAUGCAGGUUUUCAUGAUCACCUUUUUAGGUAUUGGUAUCCCAGCAACCUUUGUCGGUGUUUUAGGAUUAUUACUAGCCUCUUGUGCGAUGAGCUACCAACCAUGGAUGGAUCUCUAUGACUCUUAUGGUAUGGGUGGACUACUACACGCUGGCUUUGAAAGAUGGGGUGGAUUUGGUAAAUUCUGUGUUGUCAUUUUGGUCCUCUCCUUAAUCUCCAACAACAUCUUAAACACGUACUCUGCGGCAUUUUCUAUCCAAUUGGCUGGUGAAAUCUUGUUUAAAGUACCCCGUUGGUUCUGGGCGAUAGCAUGCACUGUGUUCUAUUUUGUAUGCGCAUUAGUGGGAAGAAACAGCUUCUCAGAUAUCUUAGGUAACUUCUUGCCAAUGAUCGGCUACUGGGUGAGUCUAUAUUUCAUCCUACAAGUAGAAGAGAACCUUAUUUUCAGAAGCUUUUUCCAUCACUUGUACACAAAGGAAUUUCCUAAUGUUACCAAACCUGCCCAGCGUUGGAGCCUAAAAAACAUUCCAAAACGUACUCAUAAUUGGAAUAACUGGAAUGAUCCAAAUGUUAUUACAAGAGGACUUGCAGCAACCGCUGCUUUUUGGAUAGGUGUUGUAGGUGCUGUGAUGGGUAUGUGUCAAACGUACUACGUCGGUCCAAUAUCUUCCAAAAUUGGUGACAAUGGUGGUGAUCUUGGCUCGUGGUUGGGCAUGGCGUUCGCAUGCGUAGUAUACCCUCCAUUACGUUACCUUGAACUAAAAAAAUUCGGAAGAUGA